AUGCAAAGAAAGAACACAAAGUCAUCAUCAGGCACGGAAAGCAAUGUUUCCUCAUCAUCUUCGUUGGACGAAGAAGAAAGAGAAGUUGAACGUUUAGAAUUUGUUCAAUUCCUCACCAACAUGUCCCAGUUAGAAUCCACUCAUAAAAUUGUUCAGUUGAAUCGGGUUCCUUUCGUCGUGAGUAUGAGAGUCAUUCGGCCCACUCGUAACGCCAUCACGAGUGAUAUUCAUCAUGUUACCACGUCCAAUCAUACAUUAACUUUGAACGGAAUGGAUCAAGCCUUGAAUCAAAACACCAUGUCUUUAUUGGAUGCUAUGGCCCAACAUCAGCAACAACAACAUUUAUAUCUGGCUUCUGUGGCAGGUGGGUCCUUCUCCUCUCUCAUGUCAUUAAAUAUGCAGAAUCAAGGAGUUGCAAAUCAGUAUGGUGGUGGUGGUCUCUCAAUCAAUUCUUUGGAUGUUCCGAGUCAAUUACAAUCUCUUAUGGCUCCUCAUCAACACUUGACACGAGAACACAAGGAACAAUCUCUCAGGCUACUCCUCUCGUGCACCAAUGGAAGCGACGAAUAUUAUGAAUGCGACUUGGGAUUUGAAGAGUUGCAGGAACAUCGUAAAAAGAUUUCCAUGAACCACUUGUCAUGGUCAAAUUAUUUGAAAUAUUUGAGAAAUGGAUUGUUUUAUUUUGGAAGUAGUUUAAUUGAAAAGCAAAAUACUGAGACAGGUGUGAAUACUAAUGCUACUACUGGUGGGACAAUGGCAUUGUCGUCGAGUGAUGAUCCCACUCUUUCUCAUGUCUCGCUUCAAUUUGACGAGGAAAAUAAGGAAUCUAAGGAUGUUAUUCAAUUGAUCAUUUACUCUCCAUUGAAUCAGAUGACAAAGACGACAGCAAUCAAUCCACAAGCAACAUCCUCGAGUGAGACAGGAGAAGGCACCUUGAGUGGACAAAAGGCAAGCGCCAGCUCCUCCAAUCCUCCACUCUCUGCAUCUAUUCGUCUCAAAUUCCUCUUUGAACUCUAUGCCAUUCGACACGUGGUUGAUUUUACACAAAAAGUUCAACAAUUGUUGUUUGACUUGGUGUCGUACAACUCGUCCUUGAGUGAGGUCCGUCUAUUGAAAGACGCCAAACUCAUCUCUGACUUGAGACGUGAAUUGCAAGAGACCAAGCAAAAGCUUCGUCAAGCACAAGAUCGACUCAUUCUUUAUCAACCUGGAGGUGGUGCCAUGACUUCUUCCACAAGCGGUGGCGUCAGUGGUGAUGUUGGCUCAGGCUACAACAGUGGAGGAUCCUCCAAUAGUGAUCAUGAAAAGAAGACUGCCACUACCAAAAGGAAAGCACCCAAGAGCUUGAUCAAUCCCAACCAGAAGAGAGUAACACAAACCAGAGGUGCCAAAAUUCAAUGA